AAGUCCAGGUGGCGGACAGAAGCUGCCAAGUGUCCCGCCAAUCUCUACAGUAUACACCUCGUAAAUUGCUCCAAAAACGAGGGUUAACUAGGCAACAUCAAGUUCAUCAACAAAAAUAAAUCUUCAAUCUCGAACACAACACGCCCAUCAAUCUUGCCCUAAUCCUACGCCGUCCGAAUCAGAUAAACUUUUGCCACUCCGAUAACAUGCCAACUGGCGAGCUUCAGAAUCCGACGGAGAAUGGGACCGAGGAGGAUGCGUGGGUGUGGACGCAGAUAAAGAUGGAGGCGAAGCGCGACGCCGAGUCCGAGCCGGCGCUGGCCAGCUACCUGUACUCCACCAUACUCUCGCACUCGUCGCUGGAGCGGUCGCUGUCCUUCCACCUCGGGAACAAGCUCUGCUCUUCCACGCUGCUCUCUACCCUCCUCUACGAUCUCUUCCUCAACGCCUUCUCCUCCGACCCCUCCCUAUGCUCCGCCGCCGUCGCCGAUCUACGCGCCGCCCGCAUCCGAGACCCCGCCUGCGUCUCCUUCUCCCACUGCCUCCUCAACUACAAGGGCUUCCUAGCCUGUCAGGCACACCGAGUGGCUCAUAAGCUGUGGACACAAUCGCGGAGGCCACUGGCCCUAGCACUACACUCUCGAAUAGCAGACGUGUUUGCGGUGGACAUCCACCCAGCAGCGAGGAUCGGGAAGGGGAUCCUGUUUGACCACGCAACGGGGGUGGUGGUGGGCGAGACAGCGGUGAUCGGGAACAACGUGUCGAUCCUGCACCAUGUCACGCUGGGUGGGACUGGGAAGGUUGGGGGGGACAGGCACCCCAAGAUUGGAGACGGGGUGCUAAUUGGAGCGGGUGCGACCAUCUUGGGGAAUGUGAAGAUUGGGGAGGGGGCGAAGAUUGGGGCGGGAUCGGUGGUGCUGAUCGACGUGCCACCGCGGACCACGGCGGUGGGGAACCCAGCAAGGCUGGUGGGAGGGAAGGAGCGGCCUUCGAAGCAUGAAGAUGUACCUGGAGAGUCUAUGGAUCAUACUUCGUUUAUAACCGAGUGGUCAGAUUACAUUAUCUGAGAGUUUAUUGUUAGUUAAUGUUGUUAUACAGAGGGCUGAUGAUGGUUUGACUUCCACUGCAUUUAGUUGCUGGCAUUGUAAGCUUUGUAAUGUAAAUGAUAUGUAUUGAAUACAUAGAAACCUGCACGAGCCCUACUGCCAGAAUGAAAACAGAACUCAAUUUGUUUGAUGAGGUGUUUUGACGUGAUGGAAAAGUGAAAGUAGUUUUGACUUGUGCUA